AAGUCAAAACAUCAACUCAACCUCAAACAGAAGAAAAUUCUGUCAUCAAUCAUCAUUUUAGUAAUUUAUUCAUAAGAAUAUUCAGUAAAUUUUAUUGUAUUUAUUUAUAAAUUUAAUAAAUCAAAUUUGGGGUUGAAAACAACUACAACCAUGAUGAAAGACGAUACUUAGUAGAACGAAUGAUUAAAUUGACUUUAUAAAAUGGCUUUCGGUUUAGGUUUUUUGAGGAGGGGGUUGGGAUAUUUAGGCAAAAAGCCUAGUGUAAUAUUCAGACGAGAUAUGAGCAAUUCAGUGCGUGAGCAGUGCAUCAGAGACUCCUGCUACCUCGACCCGUGCCACAGGGAGCCACGCAUCAUCAUCAUCGGUGCGGGAAUGGCUGGCCUUUCUGCAGCACACCGGCUGACUCAAUGCGGAAUAAGAAACUUUGUCGUUCUAGAAGCUAAAGAAAGGCCAGGAGGAAGAAUACAUUCUUGUUGGCUCGGAGACGCUGUGAUUGAAAUGGGAGCAGAAUGGAUUCAUGGUGCUUGCUUGCCAAAUACUGUAUAUACCUUGGCAUCUUCAGAUAAGCUCUUGCAAACACCAUUGACACGUUUAGACGCUUCCCGUGGGUUGUUUUGUACAAGCGAAGGCCGUGCUAUAGACUUGCCGGUGACUAUAACAUCUUACCAUACGUUUCGGCAAAUAGAACAACAAGCCGCCAAUUUAUUUCGACUCGGAGGAGAAAGAUCUCACGGUACACUUUUAAAUUUCAUCGGUUUAAGAAUUCAACAAGAACUUCACAACUUUCCUGAAGAUCAACGUUAUGAUGCUGCUAGAGUGAUGUUUGGAUUAUCCAACAUUUUAAGGAAUAGAUGCGGAGAAGACCUGUCUCUCAUCAGUGCAGAUCAGUACGGGAGCUACAUAGAGCUGCCGGGGGGAAGCGUCCGUGUACCUGUGGGCUAUGUGGCUGUCAUGGCGCCUUUGUUACGAGGUCUACCUGAUAAUAGCAUUAGAUACACUAAAGCAGUAAACGUUGUACGAUGGGGAAAUGGGCAAACUGGAGCCGGCCGAGUACUUAUAAAAUGCUGUGAUGGCGAAGAAAUGACGGCAGAUUACGUGAUUCUCACAAUGUCACUAGGGUGCUUAAAAUGCCAAGCAGACAAGUUGUUCGCUCCCCCUCUUCCAGUAUGCAAAAUGGACGCCAUCUCCAAUUUGGGAUAUGGAUUAACUAAUAAAAUUUUCCUUGAAUACGUAGAACCAUUCUGGGUUUCUCAGGAAGGGAGUCUAAAAAUGGCCUGGUCUGCAGAAGAGCUGUGCAACAGAUCGGACUGGACUCGUGGUGUUUGUUCGGUUGAUGAAAUGUCUGGCAGCAAGCAUGUACUAUGCGCGACGGUUUCUGGCCAAGAAGCUGCGAUGAUGGAGUCAAUGGCCGACGGUGAUGUAGCAGAAGGAAUAACCAAUUUAUUGAGACGAUUUACUGGUAACCCAUGUCUACCAUACCCUCAGAUGAUGCUAAGAUCUCGUUGGGCGUCUGACCCGCAUUUUUGUGGAGCAUACUCAUACAUGGGCUGUUGUUCUACAGUAAGUCAUCAGUGUGAACUCGGCACUCCAGUGCCGGGUCCCUGCGACCCUCAGGCACCGAAACUAUUGUUUGCCGGCGAGGCCACUGUACCUGGAUACUUCGCAACAGUGCACGGAGCUAGACUCAGCGGAAUCCGUGAGGCUGAACGAAUCAUAUUAUUGACAAAAAAGUUUGAAGGUCCGCCACUAGAUAAAUAGUGCAUCAGUUUUAUUGUGAUAUUCUGUUUGUUAUACUAUUGCAGUUUUGAAUACUAUUUGUCGUAUUUUUUUCUUUGUUAAUAACAAAACAUUAAUCAAACAUC